AUGCUUGCUCCAACUCGGCGUAUAAGAAACGCCAGCACUGCCUUGAGGGAGCCCGUCAUCCUCAAGCAAUUGCCUAACAAACCAAUCGGACAAAUACGCCCCCAUGGCCACUAUCGUAACCAUCCUCGUCCGACUGAUUCAUCUCCUCAAUUCGGCGAUGCUCUGAUCUACGGCUCUGGUCCUGAAGACUUCUGCGAUCCUCCAACUACAAUGACAGCCACUGCUCCCGGUCCCACCAUCGUAGGAGGAGCCCAACGAGAACCCGUCACCUCAACGGUAACCCUCACGGCAAACGGUGUUGACACCCGUCUUUUCGACGGAAUAUUCGGCCCAAUCGAUAUUAGCCAGAGCGUUAACCCGGAGAGAGUCAUUGCAGUAACCAUGGAAACCAGCACUGUUGCGCUUUCCGGGAGCACUGAGACGGUGACUGUGCGAGCCACGGGCUCCGAGGUCACGGUUACCGAGGAGACAAGUGAGGUUACAGUCACGGUUUUGGCACAGAAUGCUGGAGGUGUUUCGGGCACAAUUGCAACCUAUUCGACAUCUGCUAUUGCUGUGAGGGGUGCGGUGAAUGCUGGAGAAUCUGUGCUAACACUUGGUUGGAAAAAAGAAGACGAAGCCACCAAAUCCGGGGGAGAACAUUCUGCAGAGACUUCUACCGGUAUUCCAUCUAUCCCUUCGCACAGAAGCUUCAUCCACCUAGGCGGCAUGAGAGCGCAAGCCCAAAAAUCAACCGCAGAGCCCCAGCCCCUGGAAGAGGCACUGGUGCCACCAGCUCUCUUGCCCCAAGCAAUAACCUAACAUAUCAUAAUGCCUCUACUUCAGCCGGAGAACCUACUCCCGUCCCAGCUCCCAUCGCCGCGACACCCACGGAAACAGACUCCCCUAGCACGACUUCCACCACGGGUAGCAGCGCCAAGGAUUUCUCGAGAGUAGGUAGUUCUGCGCCGGCUGAGCCCUCUACCAACGCAUUCGGCGAGGAUGUAGAAGACCCCAACUCUCACGAGGAUAUCGCUGCCCUCGCUGCGGAAUUACGAAUUGAGCGAGUGCAUCAUUCCGGUGGGUUUGUUCCCGAUUACGCUCCCAAGAAGACUGCGACGUUAGCCCCUCCGGCAACAGCUACGGCGAGUAGGUAG